UUUCUUGUAGAAUACAUUGAGAUGGAACCGUCGCUGACUCAUGUGAUGCUCGUACCAUUCCCUGGCCAAGGUCACAUAAACCCUCUUCUUCGUCUCGGAAAGCUCAUAGCCUCUAAAGGCUUACUCGUCACCUUUGUCACCACUCAUCACAGUAGAGCCAUGUGGCAAGAAGAUGCGAGCAUUCAAGACCACGUUGUUAUACCGAUCGGUUUAGGUUUCAUCCGGUUUGAGUUCUUCGGCGAUGUAUUUGUUUACAAUGAUGUCAAGAACAAAACCGAGUCUGGUUUCUUACUAUCACAACUUGAAGUCAUCGGAAAACGAGAGAUCAAAAACCUGGUCAAGAAAUACGAGAAGCAACCAGUGAGGUGUCUCAUAAACAGUGCUUUUGUUCUAUGGGAACUUCAAAUCCCUUCGGCUGUUCUUUGGGUUCAUUCUUCUGCUUGCCUCGCGGCGUAUUACUAUUACAACCACCGAUUAGUUGACUUUCCAACCAAAAUAGAUCUGAAGGUCAACGUUGAAGUCCCCUUCAUUCCAUUAUUGUUGAAGCAUGAAGAGAUCCCAAGCUUUCUUCACCCUUCAUCUACCUUUGCAGUUUACGCAGAACUCAUUUUAGAACAGUUCAAAUAUUGGCCUGACUCGAGAGAGCCAUCCUCCAUUGUUUACAUAUCCUUUGGGAUUGUGGUUCACUUGAAGCAUGAGCAGGUGGAUGAGAUCGCUCACGGCCUUCUCACCUAUGGAUGUCCUUCUUAUGGGUGGUUCAACCUCCCAUGGAAGGAAACACAUGCUUUGCCUCGAGAGCUCGAAGAAAAAGGGAAGAUCGUGGAAUGGUGUCCACAGGAGAGAGUAUUAACUCAUCCUGCUGUUGCUUGCUUCUUAAGUCACUGCGGAUGGAACUCAACCAUGGAGGCUUUAACUUCUGGAGUUCCCAUGGUUUGCCUUCCGCAGUGUGGGGAUCAGGUGACAAAUGUGGUGUACUUUGUCGAUGUUUUCAAGAUCAGAGUGAGACUUAGCCACGGAGAGGCCGAUGAGAGGAUUGUUCCAAGGGAGAAGUGUAACAUCCCGGUUUCCCUAAACCGGCCUCCCAUUAAGUCCAUUAUGUUAUAA